AAAGCGAGUUACUUAAAACUAGAAAAAGGGCGGAAGACGUUGUCGUGACGUCACCAUGCUGAAUGGGGACGCAGUAUUGUAAAUGGGGGUCUCAUGAAGGACAAGAAAGAAAGAAGGAAGAUUUUCAAGACGCCAAUGGACAUAAGAGCUGCUGGAAAUGUGAAUUUCUCUUGGAGUUUCUCUUGAGUUUGGAAAAGUUAUGCUAUGCGAAAUCAAUGCACCCGCGAAGGAACUUCCGGAAAUGCUCAAAAGGACCAAAAUGCGGCAAAAUACUAACUGUUGUGUGGAAAAAAGAGGCUUCUCUACACUUCUUAAAAUGCAGCCUGGAGGUCUGCCAACUGUCUGUCAGUCAGCUCCAGAUGUGGGGUCUCACCAGAGUUUUUCUCAACAAUCUUUGACUCGUCCCUGAGCUCUCCAGAAGAGUACCGGAGUCUACACACACCAGCCAGCCGGGCGGAAGUGCUUGCAAGUGGCGUCGAGAAUGUAACCGAAGGCGUGGAGGAAUACGAGCUAAGCUCAAGCUGACACCGCACAGGCUCUCCUUCCUGAGCAUUUCCUCGCUAAUGUGUAGUCUUUAGUGAAUUUAUUGGAUCCACAUUACCCACAGUAUGAGACUUUUGAACUGCAAUGUCAUAAUUUUCACAGUGGAGUCCUGGGCAAUGAGCUAGCUGACCGCCACACACUUCGGGCUGAUAGAAGAGUGUCUGAAACCGGCAAGACCAGAGGAACUGCCUUCUGUACUUUACCACUAAAAAAACAAAGGAACCAGGAAGUGAACCACCAUCAAGGUGUCCAGAUGAACUGUUUAGCCUGAGGACCAAAGAUCGCAAAGCUUGCUCCAAUCGAGAGGGACAAAGUAAGAGCGUGAUUGUUUCACAUCCGUUCUCCACACCAUGAGCUGCUGACCGAAGGCUCACUUUGCAGAUUAAUUCCGUGCCUUGAAGGACGCAGAAGCCACCAUGGAUGUGAAGAAGAAAGAAAUGGACCUCCUGAGCAACAGCAUAGCUGCUUAUGCACACAUUAAGGCAAACCCAGAGACCUUCGGGCUUUACUUCGUGCUGGGCGUGUGUUUCGGCCUGGUGCUGACCCUCUGCCUGCUGCUCAUCCGCAUCUCCUGCAAGCCGCGCACCAACCUGGCCUCGUCUGCCGCCGCGCCGGAGAAGAAGCAGCCGAAGGACAUCGAGGACGACGAGGAGAGCGACGAGGAAGAGGACGACGACGGGUCUCACAACGUGGAAGUGCCCGCCUCGCUGCUCGCCACCGAGAUCCCCGUCUGCAACCACAGCAGCAACCACUCUGACGGGACCCUGAACGUGUUCACUUCGGCCGACGAGCUCGAGAGGGCGCAGCGGCUGGAGGAGCGGGAGAGGAUCAUACGGGAGAUCUGGAGGAACGGACAACCGGACAUUCUGGGCUCGGGAACGGGAACCAUCGGAAGGGUGCAUUACUACUAAGUCACAUGACUUGAAGGCCCACUGUGGUGUGCCUAACUGUGACAUUGCACUUGCUACGUUACAAUACUGACAUUGAAAAGCUUUGGGUUUGAAGCUUUGAGUAUGGCGCUUAAUGUGUUAUGUUAUGUAUUGAGUAUGAAAUGAAAGCAUUCGUAUGCAGAAUGUUUAGAAUGUACUAUGUUGCAAUGAAGGUUCUCAUCUACAAGGUCUCCGCUUUGCUAUGGUGAAACUGUCAGGAAAUGUCUUGUCCCUGUGAAGGAAAUGACAAUGAUUGAAUGCCAACAUGUCACUUCAUUCCCAAGCAGAUAAUGUUACAAAUACAGUAUCAAGUAAUGACAAUCAGGUUGUUGUUAAGUGACAUAUUUUCUGCAUCAUUUCCACCAAAAAGGAAAUUAAAGUAUGAAAUAAUUAAGCUCAUAUAAUCUUCACUUGAUUCUUUACAGAACAAAUUAAGGCUAAGGAGUUAAUAAAAAAGAAGACGGGAUGGUUGUCUUUAAUUAUUUGCAGUAUUUGUCUCCCUUUUUUUUUUUUUAGCAAAAUAUGUGGGAACAACAACAAAACUGUCCCCCUUGCGUGAGAAAAAUGUUUUUACAAGGAAGCGGUCUUAGAUGCCAUAGGAUUUUGGUAAUUUCCUUAAAAAUAGAGAUCAGUAUUUUUAAGAAAAUACCGGACAGAACAAGAGCUGGAACCUAUAAUUGUGUCACAUGCACUCCCCAGGGAAGGAUACAAUAGUUGCAUGUAUUUUCUCCUUCUUCUUCUUCUAAAUUCAGAUAGAUAGAUAUAGAUAAUUUAUUCCAGCAGCUCUGCAAAAUGUCAAUAAUAAUGAACUUAAUCACGUAAUCACAAAAUGAAACAACCAAGGCAAGACAUGAGCGAUAUGAAAAAUAAGAAAAGAGAAUAACAAUAAGUAAAUAAAUGGGGAAUCCCGUCAAA